AUGCGAGCUAGACAGCUGGUGUGUGGCAUUUGGAGUCURUGUUUCAUGUUCUGCCUUUUCUGCGUUUUUCUUCACGAAACCACUGCUAAACGAAAACUGAAGUUUGUAUCAUUAGUAUUUCGCCAUGGUUAUGAUACCCCACAGGACUUUUUUCCAAAUGACAAGCAUAAAGAAGUUAUAAGGCAGCACGGAUAUGGACAACUUACCAAGCUCGGCACACAGAAACAGUACGAGCUGGGCCAGUAUAUACGGAGAAGAUAUCUGAAUUUCCUGAGUAUUGCAUACAAACAGUUUGAGAUUUACGUUCAAAGCACUGAUUGUGAUCAAACACUGAUGAGUGCUCAGGCAUGUCUUGCUGGGCUGUACCCUGUGACACAGAGCCAGAUCUGGAACCCCAAAAUCCUUUGGCAGCCAAUUCCAGUUCACACAGUGCCACUAUCACAGGAUAAUUUGCUAUACUUACCUUUCUCACAUUGCCCAAAAUACAACGAGCUUCUGAGAGAAACCUUUGCAACACGGGAUUUCCAAAGACAGCUCAAGCACUACAGACCAUUUCUCAAGUUUUUAGCCACUCAUGCUGGAUAUCCAUUGAAGAAGCUGAACACUGAAAGAAUUCAGAAGCUCUCCGAYACUUUGCAAUAUGAGGAUAUUCACAAUUACACUUUACCUGUGUGGGCUACUCACGGUGUCAGGACCAAGCUGAUAAAGCUCUCAGAAUUUUUAUUACAGGCGGAAUUUGGGUUUCACAAACAAGUACAAAAAUCACGGUUACAGGGAGGUAUUCUUCUAAAAAAUAUCCUAAAACAUAUCAUAGAUGCUAGAAAGUCUGUAAACCAGCAAAAGAUGCUUAUGUAUUCUGCGCAUGCAGCCACUAUUGCGGCUUUACAGAUGGCACUCAAUGUCUUCAAUGGGAAACUGCCUCCUUACAGUGCCUGUCAUUUUUUUGAACUUUACCAGGAAAAAAAUGGGCAAUACACCAUAGAAAUGUACUAUCGGAAUAAUUCUUUGAGAGAUCCUCACCCACUCACCCUGCCUGGCUGCAAAUUCCGCUGUCCACUAGACAGAUUUACCCAGCUGGUCUCACCAGUCCUAGUACAGCACUGGACAAGAGAAUGUAGGAGUAAGGUAUAAAAAGAGGUAUUCUCUUGAGACCUUCAGGGUGAUCAGCUUUAUGAA